GUGAUUCAAAGCUUCGUCACAAACAACUCGCAACAAUGGCGAGCGCCACCGACAACUUGGAUCCUGGCUUAAUUGCCAUCGCGCUGGUCGUGCGCGCCAAAGAGGGACCGCGGUUUGUCUUCCACUACCCCCCGCAUCCCUCUGGCAAGCCCAUCAAACGUGAAGCUCGAUUUGGCACCGAGCUUCACGGGGAGCGCGCCGAGAAAGUCAACGAGGAAGAAGACGAUAGCGAGGACGACGAUCUGGAAGAUGCUAUCGCAAGCAUCGAUCUGAGCGCGGAGACUGGCGGCGAUGCAAGGAAGGUACAUCACGUGGAGGCUCCCGAAGGUGACAACCAUUUCACCAACAAGAAGGGAGAGAAUGUCGCGCCUUGGGAUCAUUUGUGGGAGUUUCAUACUUCCGAUCUGGAGAGUAUCUUGACUCCGGUUCGAGCCUUUCACAAGAAGAAGUUUGAGCUGUCCUUGGAUCCAGUUCAAUUCAUCACCUAUCCCAUGCAUAUUCGCGAGAACGGCACCUGGAAGAAGAAGAAGCCAAAGAAGUCUAGGAAAGAAAAGAAGGCCGAGGAGACUGCUGAAGGCGAGGCAUCUGGCGAAAAGAAGAGCAGCUCUGACGAAGGCGAAAAUCCCGGUGGAAUGACUAUGUUCAAUGUCGUCUUCAUGCUGAACGUUUCCAAGCACGAGGAGGAUGCGCGAAUUGCGGAGAUCUAUGAGCAUAUCAUCAAGAAGUUCAACAAGGCUUUUAAUCACGCUCAAGCAUCUGACAAUUACGUUUGGAAGGAGUCGGAAAGAAUUCUGCAGAUGAAGGAGAGAGCUCGUGAAGAGCGUAAGUUUUUGAUGGUCCUAUCAUUCAGAUCGAUGCUAAUUGAAUCACAGUUCGUCCCAUGAGUUGGCUCUGGAAUGAGAUAUUGAUCAAAUCCACACUCGCUGGCGCUAUCCGAGAUAUCUUCAAUGCCGUCUCCAAGAGCAAGAUUGCCACAUUGCACCUUGCUACAGUCCCACCCAUCAACAUCUCACUUCAAAUUCCUGUCCCUUGUUUUCUCACCAGUUUCCCGAGCUCAAGAGAUAGAGCAAUGCUUGGACUCCUGCUUACAUCUGCCAAUCCCAUGGUCGACGAGGAGGGCAAUGAGGAUCCGACACACCUGAACAAGCACUUUGCACUCUUGCUUCUGGACGACGAGGAGAAGAUCAUCACAGAGAUACAAAAUGAUAACACGGAGCUUACCGCACCCCUUCUCCAGUGCAUUCGACUUUGCUCUCCUAAUCAAUCGUUUCUCCAAGUAGCACAAAACCAGAAUGUCGAGCUCAACAGUCUACUUACUCUCGCUCAACACGUCAUCUAUUGGCGCCGAGCAAUUGCAAUCCCACCCCUCCACGGCCGUGAAACAUACAUCGUCUCUCCCAACGCUGAUUUCCGUAAGCUCCCCAUGGCAAGUAUUGCAUGGAAGAAAGCUUUUCCUCUCGCGCCAGCUCUCUCCAGCUAUCUUGCCUUGUUAUCUGCUGCUCCGCGUCCAUACAAGAACUUUGCGCCUAGCAAGAACCACCGCCCAACCUAUCUUGCAAUGCUCGCCUGGGCCAUCCGCGGCGGCUGGGUCACCCAACUCCGAACCUUUGCAUGGAUCCUCGUCUGGCCAGAAAUCAUCUACGAAGUGACCUACGAGCUGAAAGCCAGCGCUGUUGAGAAAGCUAAGAACGCGCCUGGAGCCACCUCUGGCACUUCCACUUCAGGAACCGACGAGUCGAGCACGGAGAAGAAACAAGUCGAUCCCUCCGCCCCCCUCACCACCUCCCAAGCUGCCGAGAAAGCCCGUUUGGAGAGAUUGGCCACCAAAGCCCGCGGGGAUGCCCAAGAAUUCGAAAGCGAAUUCAAGAAACUCCCUGUCCCAGUGGCUACGGCUCACCCAAGCAACAACAAUGCCGCCCAUCUCAAGGACAUCUCGCCAUACAUCAUCAAGGACCCACACAAAGUAUCGCACGAGGAGUCACUUUAUAUCGCGGCGUAUGGAAAGCGAUUUGAGGAUGCGAAGCUUCGGGAGAGUUGGUUCCGCUUCUGCGGCAAGUAUUUCAAUGGAAAGGAGGCGCUGGAGAUGAUCCCGUUGCAGGAGGGCAUGAAGCGAAAGGAGGCCUGGGCUAUUAUCAUAGCUUUUCAGGAGAUGAUUAUGAUUUGCAAACACUGGUGAACAGUUGUCUUUUUUUCUUUUUCUGUAGUUGAGAUACCCAAAUCGGAUGGAAGGAAAUGAUUGCAAU